CUUGAGUCCGCGCACCCAACAACUUGAACACGGAAUCCGACUUGCUUCACUAAGUUACCAGUGUCUACAUAGUAGCUCGGCGCAGACACACAGACAUUCAAGCCGGGUGUCCCGACUCCCUUCUCGUUUUCUCUGGUACGAACAGCCUUCAAAGGUGGUCUAACCAUGACGAUCCGUGUCGGUCAACCGUGACAUGCACUAUGUAGUGCCACCCGUCGAACAUCUCGGCAUACCAGUCGGCCGCUCCAUAGAUCGAGGACCCGUGUAUGCAGUAUCUCCCGAGUUGAAACGGAUAUUCGCCCUCGUUCAAUUCGACAGUACCUCGUUGCGAGGAGCUGUUCCUGAUGCGAAAGCAGUCGUAGAAUAUCUACAUGCUCAGCUGCAGGUUCCUACGGAUCAUAUUCGAUGUCUUCUCGAUCAUUCUGCGACGCGUACUGCUAUCAUUGAUCAAUUAUUACAGAUGCGGGAUGAUCCACGCAUCGAACCCGGAGAUCCUAUUCUUGUGUACUAUGCUGGGCAUGGCGGCGAAGCAGAACCUCCGUCGACAUGCCAGACAGUCCAUAGUAUUCCCGAUAGGACCCUAGGAGCAUUGCUGGCACGCCUAGCUGAGACAGUCAUAUUGGACUGCUGUCACUCUGGGUCUGGGACGCGGACGACUGUUUCAGAUCCUACUAGAACCCUACCCGAUGGCUUGGAUUCAUCCAUCUUAAGCCUCCACGGAGGCACGCGUCACGCAGAGAUCGCCCCGGGAUUUCUUCGCCGAGGUCUGCGCUCGCAUGUCCUUCUCGCCGCAUGUGGCUCGAAAGAGCUGGCGAUGGAACAACAAGAACGCGGUAUCUUCACUGUCGCCUUACUACGUACACUUUCGACUGUCGGUGCACACCGAGUGACCUACCGGGAUCUACUGCGACAGAUGUACGCACUACCAGGACAGAAUCCGCAGUGUGAAGGCUACUUUCAAGACCGAAUUCUCUUCAAUUCCAAGCUCUCGGCGUCGCGACCCCUCCACAUAGUCAGCCGAGACACAAGGGGUAAUCCUCGCAGCAGAGACGAUCCGAUCGUUGGGGCACCUCCUCUCACAAUCCUUCGCGUUUCGGAGGUGCGCUCAGUCGAGAGCACGCUCGUGGCCACAUCCGCCCACCCAACCUUAGAAUUGGCUCCUGGACAGUCAGCGUAUGCCCUGCAGACGGAGGCCGGUACUGACGAAUAUCUACAACUCCACAUUGCAACGGAGACCUGCCGCUCGUUCGUGUUGAAUGCCAUAGCAAACCAUACGCGAGAUGGUUUAUCGAGGCCUACGAAGGUUCAGCUGGUGGAUAAGGCUUCCGCAGACCUCGAGGCGGUCAUGGAGGCGUCGAUCAUGCAUCUGACCAUCCUGCAUCCGCUGAUCGCGGCGUGCGGUGUGCAGCACUUACCAUUUCACCUCGACGUCUCAACCGAUGAUGUCUGCGAGACGCUGCACGCAGCGUCGCACUUCUUCUGGCACCUAAAGCGGACAACCACGGAGCAGUCAUUAGCAGGGAGCGUGAGGAUAGAGUUCAGAAGACUGCGAGAGGUCCCUGCGGAGGAUGAGUUCGACGAUCCGACUUACGAGCCAUAUGGGCCAGAUCUAAAUAUCGCGGGCAUGGUCGACCUUCUCGUCGACGAGGAUGCCAUAUAUGGAAUCAAUCUCGUCAACGAGAGCCACUUCCCGCUCUAUCUUUCGCUGUUCUACUUCAGUAGCAGCGAUUUGAGCAUCACAUCGUAUUAUGAGCCACCAUCAGCAGGCUCUGUGCGAGUGGACCCACCUCUUGAGCCCUACGGAUCCGUAACCAUCGGAUACGGCACAGCUGGCUCAGCUCCGUACAACUACUACCUGUGGGAAAAUCAGGAACUCGACGUUGGGCUUUUGAAGCUCUUCCUGUCGACAGAGUACGUCGAUCUGUCGCACCUUUCCCAAGAAUCGCCGUUUCAUGGGGACCAUCGGGAAGCAAGGAUGGUGCGAAAUGUUACUCACGAGUCACUGUGGGACACCUCUCUCGUCACAGUCGUACACCGUAUGCGACCGCUUUCCGGGGAAAAGCAGAUGGCUUCCUCUAACCUUCGAGAACGAAUCGAUGGUAGGAUGUGACACACCUUUGUAUCUGAGCGCGAUGAAUUCCUAGACCGUCGAGCCUGACCCUAUGUCGAUCGUAUGUCGAAACAAGCCAUCUCGUCAUCUCCCUCUAGAUGAGCAUUUUGGUUUCUUCAGCAAUGACCGUC